AUGCAAGCCCUGUCACGCUUCCGUGUGAAACCUGGGGGCAGGCAGCCUACACCUUUGAAGGGCCCACACUGGCACCAUCUCGUCUUUCCAGAGGGGAAGUUGAGGCUGAAAGUUUUUGUGCCUGACCCAGCCCUACAGCCUGUGAUGGCCAUGUGGCAGGAGCAGCUGGACCAGGCAUGGGUCCCCACAGAACUGUCCUUCUUUUCUGCCUAUGUCUUGGAACUGCCCAGUGCGGGACUCAUGGUAAGUGGGGAAGCGGGCCUGUGGAAUGGAGAGACCAGCCAAGACCCCCAGAAGCUGAUGGAGAGAAUGGAGAAACUGGCCAGCAAGUCCAAGGGGAGGUCAAGGAUGCUGUCUCCUGUGAAUGUUGUCCGAGACCUGGAGAUGAGCCUGCUGAACAUCAGCCUCCAGGGAUCCCAACGCACUUUCCGGACACCCAGAAUACAGAGUCUGGCCUUUGACCUGUACUGCAACAACUUUACCGGAUUGUCUCUUGACAAGGUCAGAGGAGCCCAGACCACACAUGCCAUGAACUUCCCAGCAGAGUUGACCCAGACUGCCUGCCAGGCUCGCCCCCAGAAGCUGCGCCUCAUCUGUAUCUACUUCUUCAUGACCACCUUCUUCCAGACUGAAAACAAGACAUCUCUGCUCAAUAACUAUGUGCUGGGGGCCCAGCUGGGCCAUGAACACGUGCACGACCUCAAGGAGUCAGUGGCCAUACGCUUCUACCACAACAGGAGCCUGGAAGGUUACACAGCAACCUGUGUCUUCUGGAAGGAGGGAGCCAGCCAGCGCUACUGGGGGACAUGGAGCCCUGAGGGCUGUCGCACCAGUCACCCCUCAUCUUCUGAAGUGCACUGUAGCUGUGACCACCUCAGCUACUUUGCAGUUCUCAUGCAGAUGGCCCCAGCCCCACCUCAAGUGCUGGAGCCACUCACCUACAUCAGCAACGUGGGCUGCAGCAUCUCCAUCGUGUCCUCGCUGCUCGCUGCCCCUCUGCACUUCCACACCAGGAAGCAGGGUGAGUCCUUGACGUACAUCCACAUGAACCUUCACGGCUCCGUGCUGCUCCUGACCAUCACCUUCCUGCUGAGCCCGAUGCUGGCCACUCCCCAGGUCUCUGGUGCUCUGUGCAAAGCCCUGGGUGCCAUCUUACACUGCUUGCUGCUCAGCUGCUUCACCUGGACAGCCAUCGAGGGCUUCAACCUCUACAUCCUUCUGGGACGCGUCUACAACUGCUAUUUCCGUCAUUACGUGCUCAAGCUCUGUGUGGUGGGCUGGGGGCUCCCUGCAUUCCUGGUGCUUCUAGUCCUCGCCAUUGAUAGCUCCAUGUAUGGGCACUACAUAGUCCCCCUCUCUGCCCGCUCGGGUGAUAACUUGGAUGCCCGGAACACGUCCAUGUGCUGGGUGCGGAGCUCCAAGGUGCGCGCCACCUUGGUCAUUGGCUACGGGGGCAUCACCUGCCUCUUUAACCUACUGGUGCUGGGCUGGGCCCUACGGACACUGCGAGGGUUGCGGGCCCGGGGGCAGGCGCUGGGCGCUCGGGCCAGGCGGGACGUGGUCUCGGUGCUGGGUCUCACCGUGCUGCUGGGCACCUCCUGGACUCUGGGCUUCUUCUUACCCUUCGGUGUCUUCCUGGUGCCCCAGCUCUUCAUCUUCACCAUCGUAAAUUCACUCUAUGGUUUCUUCCUCUCCCUGUGGUUCUGCUCCGUGAAGUACCACUCAAAAGCCAAGAUCAAGACCGAAACCAAGAUGGAGACGGUCAGCACAUCCCGGAUCACACAGUAG